AUGUCCACCUUCGAUCGCGGUGCCAAACCAGACAUCGGAACUUUCGUCGCGUUCGAUCACAUUCGUUUCAUCGUCGGCAAUGCCAAACAAGCUGCCUAUUGGUAUUGUGCAAAUUUCGGAUUUGAGCCAUUUGCCUAUAAGGGUUUGGAGACUGGAUCGAGAGUUAGUGCACAACAUGCGGUGAGACAGAAUAAGGUGAGAUUACUAUGACGUGGAUGUGGAUGUUCCUUGAAAACUUUGAAUUGAAUUUUUUCCGCCACGUGGGUUUUUUAUUCUAGCAAAUUUAUGAAAGCUUCUGAAAAAUUAUCAAAAUUUUGAAACAGUGAAUUUUUAUUUGAAAAAAAUUAUCAAAUUCGGGAAUUUUUUGAAAAAAAAAAAUCAUUUUUAAAAAAAUUUUGAAACAGUGGAAAAUUAUUCAUACAAAAUUUUCAAAAUUGUUUUUUUCUGAAAAAUCAAAGUCGAUUAAAAUAAUUGAAAAAUUGUGAAAAAUAAGAGGAAAAUUUGAAACAGUGAAAUUUUUCAGUGAGAAAUUUGUCAAAAAACGUUCCAGAAAAAUUUUUCAAUUUUGCCACGUGGAUUUUUUUUGAAAUUCAGAAAAUCUGAUCAAAAUUGAAACAGUGAAUUUUUCCACCAAAAAAGUUCCUCAAACCGAAAUUUUGCCACGUGGAAUCGUAAAAUUCGAAAAAAUUAAUUUUUUUUUCCUGAUUUAUUUCUAAUUUUGGAAUCUCAAUACAGUUCUUCUCAGAAUCCUCAAUUAAUCCUGAAAUUAACUUUGCCACGUGGAUUUUCAAAUCUCUGAAAAAAAUUUUUUGUAAAAAUUUUGAAGAUAAUAUAACUUAUCGAGCAAAUUUAUGAAAUUUUCUGCAAAAUUAUCAAAAGUUUGAAACGGUGAAUUUUUAUUUGCAAAAAAUUAUCAAAUUCUGGAUUUUUUUUUGAAAAAAAGUUUUCAUACAGUAAAUAAAAUUGAAAUUUUAAAAAAUCAUAUUAAAAAAAUUUUGAAACAAUGGAAAAUUAUUCAUACAAAAUUUUCAAAAUGUUUUUUUUUCUGAAAAAUCAAAGUCGAUUAAAAUAAUUGAAAAUUGUGAAAAAUAAGAGGAAAAAUUUAAACUUUUUUCAAAAAAAAAAUUAAUUUUGGAAAAAAAACGUUCCAGAAAAAAUUUUUCAAAUUCAAUUUUGCCACGUGGAUUUUUUUGAAAUUCAGAAAAUCUGAAACAGUUAAUUUUUUAACCGAAAUUUUGCCACGUGGAAUCGUAAAAUUCAAAAAAAAAUAACUUCCAGAAUUCAUUUUUGCCACGUGGAUUUUCAGAAUCCCAAAUUUCAGAUAAUCUUCGUGUUCGAAUCCGCACUUCUUCCCGACAACAACGAACUUGCUCCCCACUUAUCUCAACACGGCGAUGGAGUUCGAGAUGUUGUGUUCGAAGUCGAAGAUCUCGAUUCGAUCAUUGCUCAUGCUAAAAAAGCGGGAGCGAAAAUCAUCAAAGAUAUUACUGAGGAAUCGGAUGAAAGUGGGAGAGUUAGAUAUGCAACACUUCAAACUGUAAGUUUUAAAUAUUGGCGCCAAAAUUUUUAAAAAAUUCAAAUUUUAUUUUUAAAAUCUCGUAUAUUUUAAGCUCCUGAAGCGAAAAACCCGACUAUUUUCGCUCCAGGACCAAUUUAAAGGUACAGAUUGCGAAUUUAGACGUCCUGAAGCGAAAAAUCGCUUUUUUUUGGCGCCAAAUUUUGAAAAUUCAAAUUUUAAUUUCAGUACGGCGACACCUUGCACACACUUUUGGAGCGUAAAUCAUAUUCGGGCCUCUUCCUCCCUGGUUUCAAGGCGCAUCCGAUGCCCAAAACAUUUUUCCAAGGACUCCCACACGUCGGGCUGAAUUUCAUCGAUCAUUGUGUUGGAAAUCAGCCAGAUUUGGAGAUGACAUCAGCCGUGGAAUGGUACGAAAAUGUGUUGAAAUUCCAUCGAUUCUGGUCGGUGGAUGAUUCGAUGAUUCAUACCGAGUAUUCGGCGUUGCGAUCGAUUGUUGUCACCAAUUUUGAGGAGACUAUUAAGGUACGGUUUUGGGAAUUUGGGGAAAAACUACGAUGCUCCGCGUUUACACCAUCGAAAAUGAUGGAUUUUGAGCGAUUUUUCAUCAAAUUCCAAUGAUUGUAAUUGGUUUUAGCUUUAAAUUUUGAAAAAAUCCAGAAAAACAACGAUACUCCGCAAUAACACCUCAGAAACAUGUGGUUUUGACUUCAAAUCAAUAAAAUUCCGGAAAAACUACGAUGCUCCGCGUUUACACCAUCGAAAAUGAUGAAUUUUGAGCCAAAAUUUGAGUUGUGAAAUUUGAGUAGUGUUUUAAACGAUACUCCGCAAUUACAGUGAGUUUCAAGAGGUGUCAGCGCGGAGCAUCGUUUGAAAAAUGCAAUCUCUUAAGCCUAAGCCUAGUCUGGGCCAUUUUUCAUAAAAUUUUAAUGAGUGUAGAUGGCUUUGACUUCAAAUCGAUAAAAAUUCGAGAAAACUACGAUGCUCCGUGUUUACACCAUCGAAAAUGAUGAAUUUUGAGCCAAAAUUUGAGUUGUGAACGUGUUUUCAAACGAUACUCCGCAAUUACACCUUGAAUAGUGAGUUUCAGAGGUGUAAUUGCGGAGCAUCGUUUGAAAAAUCCCCUCAAAAAACAAAAAUUACCUUCCAGAUGCCAAUCAAUGAGCCAGCUUCAUCCAACAAAAAAGCAAUUUCACAAAUCCAAGAAUUCGUGGAUUAUUACGGUGGUUCUGGUGUCCAACACAUUGCCCUAAACACUUCCGACAUCCUAAAAGCCAUCGAAGCUCUUCGUGCUCGCGGCUGCGAAUUUCUCACAAUUCCCGACGCAUAUUACACAAAUCUUCGCGAACGUUUAGCCAAUUCACCCAUCAAAGUCGCUGAAAACUUGGAUCAUCUUCAAAAAUUGCACAUUUUGGUGGAUUUCGAUGAGAAUGGCUAUUUGUUGCAGAUUUUCAGCAAACCGUGUCAGGAUCGACCGACACUUUUCCUGGAAAUUAUUCAACGACAAAAUCAUCAAGGUUUUGGAGCCGGCAAUUUUAAGGCGCUUUUUGAGUCGAUUGAAUUGGAGCAAGAGAAACGUGGAAAUUUGUUUAGAAAAGAUUAA